CUCCGCCCGCAUCCACCCACACAUCGGGACUUAGACCUCUCAAAGUAAAGGCUGUCCACUUACGCCGGUCAGUCUAGCCCAAUCUCUCCGUCCACUGACCGGAACCCAAGAGCUCUGAUGCGGAAAAGCGCUGGGUAUUGUGCCGCCGCAAGGCAACGAGCUCCUGUGAUAUCGCCGGCCAUUGUGAGACGUGGGCAGGUCCGGUCUAUUGUCCAGUCUGAGGGCCUGGUCCUUGCAGAUCGCCCCUCGUCCACCCGACUUGUCAUACCUGACUAGGCAGAGCCGUCCCGCGUCGCAGUGGGCGAGAGAGGAUUAGCUUGGAAGCUUUGCCAGCCGGCCGCCCGCGCUGCCUGCCUGCCUGUCUGCCUGGCACAGGGGCACGGGAAGUAGCCAGUGGUCAAAGUAUUGUCCGCCGCUCUGUUCCCGCUCACUGGAGUCCAGGUUGUGUCAGGCUGUGGCUCCGUCCAGCUCUCACCUGGAGAUUCUGUGUCUGUUCCCUACGUUGUUUGGCGCGCUUCCUUAUUUCAUCAGCAUCAGAACGGGAAUUGACGGACCCUGACACUCGCAGUGUUGUUGCAAAGUUCAGGUGGAAGGAACAAACGCCACUGGGCCACCUUGCUCUGUGAAGGAUAUUUUAUUUGUCGGAAAUACGAUUACGAGUGUAGUUUAUUAUUUUUGAAAAGACAUAAACUUAUUUCGAAUUUUAUCCAUUGUUUUUGUGUUCCUGGAUUGUGAGAGUCUACGUUUGUGGAUAUCAAAUGCAGGUGUUGGUCACAGACUAUCAUUUUGGGAAGUGUACGAUGUUUUGAAUACAUUAGCUGUGAGUAGAAAUAAAUGACACUCUUCCGCUUAAAAACAGAGCUCAGCAAAACAUAUCAAGGACAUACCUUCUUGUCAAGCAAAGUGUUCUCUGUUCUUUAUUGAUUUGGCUAAUACCUGAAACAAGUUUUUUUCGCAAUAUUUGCGACAUUGUUAAUAAAGGUGACAUUUUUUCUGUCAGUAUUGGUGACAUAGCAGUUCUGCCCUCCCUGUGUUGGAUGUCCUGGGACUUGCGUCACUGUACUGGCCUCCGGUCUCACAAGAGGAUCAAGGCACUGCUGAAACAACACGGCCGGCCCGCUUCUCUUGGAGUGUUUGACUAGUGUCCGAGAACUGUGUACGUCGUUCACGCUUGACCACCAGGGGAUGAGGCGUGAGGUCACGUUUUCCAACCCUCAAGUGUUUUCUCAGAUUACAGAAUAAAACAAGAUCGGGAAUAUAAAUACGCACUGCUAUAGAAAAACGGAGGUAAUACGGGGGUGGUCCGAGGAGCAAGAGAAAAGGACCGCGGUAUCUCAUGUUUUACAGGUCUGGGGAAUUCCUCUCUGUUUAUGACGACACGAACAUUGUGCUUUUGUGACUUAAAGAAGAAAGAAAAAGAAUUAACCUCAAUAUUUGGUCACAAGAAACGACCAAUCUGGAACUGGAAUUACUUCUCAGGAUUUACAUAACUUCUCCUUUGCGAGCUUCCACGGACAAUCAAAUUUUAAUUCUCGCCCCUGGACGAGUGUGACCCGGGAGGCUAUUCACGUAGGGCUGCCACUUAUCCAGCAAACAAAAGCUAGCGAUUCUCGCGCUCGGCAACCUCUGUAGCCGGGAGCGACACACUGACACCAGGCUUGAGUUACGCGCCCUGAACGUGCCAGAGGAACCCUGAAAUCGUCUGUUCCAACACACAGAUCGUGCUUCGAUUCGUACCCAGGGGAUCAGCGAAACUUUGGGCUGUGACGACAUCAGUUCACGGAGGUGAACCAUUGGAGAGAGGAGAAGUUCCGAAACAGAAAAGGAGAGUGCAUGAAUUAGAAGUUAUUUGUGCUCUGCUGGCCUGCUAUUGCCUUGGUGUGAAUGUAUGCAGCCCGUAAAUUCCGCACUAUUGCCUUGAAUUGUUCGGGUAAAGACUUGAGCAUCUGUUUCUGUUUGUCAUGUACGUAAAAGUUAAACAGUUUGGCCACUCACCGUGAAGAAAGAGGCUUUUUGUCCGCAGUGUUUGAUCAAACUCAGCGCCGAGCCUGCAGUUGGGGGUGACAAGAAACUUUGCCUGCGCUACUACGGCCCCUUAGAUGUUAAUGGUGUGGCGAAAUAUUCGCGCCAGCGAGUUUUAAAGCUGUCUUUUGUCACGCUUGGCUCAAUCCGUGGGAGCUUUUACUAACGCCAGAGCAGAGGCAAGGGUUGCCUUACGGCGGACUCCCAUGUCGGCAUCCUUCCCUGAUUCUUUGUGGGUACACCCUGGACUCGAACUGUAAAUCUCAGGGUUUUGCAGCGUACGAAGUUGUGUGGGCGGAAGUGGCAAGCAAAAAAGGUGUAAACAUAGACCCUUUAACGACUGCCGUGAGCUGGUUGGCUGGUGUUUUAGCCACAGGGGGGAAACCCGGGGCAUGUAGGUCGUUGGACACGGUAGGGAUCAGAGAAAGGAGUAACUUUCAUACCUAAGCAGCAAUAAACAGUCACGGUAUGUUAUACCGCUGGUGAAAUGUGAAACUUUAAUGUGUAGCCAGGAGAAAACACGCACGGGAAAAAUCACAACUCGGGCAGUGUAUAGCGAAGACGAUUUAUAGUAGCAUAGUUUUCUUAUACAUCAUCAGCUCGCAGUUACCUAAGGACAAUUCUUUUGCCAAGCUUGACAGAUCAGAUCUAUCCGCGUAGGGACACCCCUGGAAGUGAGGUACCCCCCCCCCCCGUCUGUUUGUUUUCUCGGGGGUUAAAGGUCAGGAUAUCAACUUUUUGACACCGGGACACCGUUGUUGUCGUCCGACUCCAGAAACAAUGCCUCUCUCUCAGCGGGCAACACCCCUGUGGCCCCGGCGAGAAGGCAACUUGAAACCCGCAGUUGUUAAUCCCAACAAGAAGCCGCGAACAAGGAGGCGGUAAAGCGAUACACUAUAAUUAGAUAGCCCAACAAAGCAGCCUUUUCCGGGCGCCCUACGCUGCGUAAAGCUCAGUUCUUACAACCUGUUGAUGUGUUAGAUACACAGGGAUUAUACCCCAGCAGUUGUGAGAGUUUCCGUGCCUCUGUGUGGGAACUAGUGGUGCCCUCUGCAUGCGUGCGUUGAUGCUCUGUUCUUUGCAUACGCACUGUUAUCUCAGGCAUCGACGUCACAGACCGCCGAGUUCCCUGAACUAGGGUCAUACUGGCUCGUAAUCCCCAAACAUUCACUCUUCGGAGUCAAGGUAACUGAAGACGACGCUUUUUUUGUUCCAUUUCAUGAUAUCCUGAUCAAGUACAGAUUCCAACAAAUUUACAGUCGAAUCCCUCCAAAAAAAAAAUGAAAAGAAAAAACAUGUAUUCAUCAUCUUGUGUUGACACGGGAUAGCUCCCACUGAUUUUUCCUAAUGUGUAUGUUGUGCUUCGUCUCGGAUGUAUUUCACUGGAUAACGAGAAAGGAAAAGAAGCUAGACAAAAUCUAAAACUGCCAAGAUGACGUCCACACAGCUCUCCCCUCGCUUCGUCGUCUUCGUGGUGGUGUCUUUGAUCUCCCACCUUCUGGAACUAGCAGCGAGCGGCCUAUUGUGCCACGCACUUCUCCAACAAGGCCAGCUGAAGACGCCGUGGUUCAGCGUCGCUGCUGGACUCCUUAUCAUCCCCCUUGUCCUCCUCCAGCUCGCCUCGGCCGUCCUCACUCUCCGCCGUAAGGGAGACUCAGCCAGCGGGUGCGAGGUCACGGCUACUGCCAUACUCCACCUGCUACAGCUGGGCUUUAUCUCUCGUCACUUCGCCGUCCUCCAGGAGGCGCCACCGUCCACGGCCAGGGCGGAGCUGGCGGAGAUGAUCGUGCUGCGCCUGGCGUUCGCUCUGAGCUCCGGCUGUACCCUGCUGCUCCUGCAGGGCUACCUGCUUCUCUCUGACGCUCACGAGCCUGGCUGGGCCUGGGCUGUCUACGUGGUGGCGCUCACCACACUGCUGUCUGUCACCUGGGCGCUGGCCACUUUCAGACGCCGGGCUUCAGAACUGGACUUGGACUCCGUCCUGAUCACCUGGCCGGGCACCGUCCUCAAGGUCACGUGGCGCGGAGGCGAGGUGUUGGUGCGCGUGUUGUGCCUCGGUCUGUUCGCCUCUCUGUACACGCACUGGAUCUUCCUUGUGCUGGGCCUGCACUGGCUCGCCAUGGCCGCCUGCCUCUGUAUUCCUGUCAUCACGGCACUGGACUGGCGUGGGGCAGGCAGUGGACGGCGGGCCGUUUUCUGCCUUCUCACAUCCUUCGCUUACAUCUUCGCCUUCAUCAACACCAGCGCGGAGAACGCCGUGUUCAGAUACACGUUUUACUACGUGGUUUUAUUUCUGGAGAACGCCACGCUCAUCGCUGUGUGGUUAGUGCAGUGUUCCAGCGCGGAGUUCGAAAGGAAUUCGGUCUACGUUUACAUCGCUGCGCCCGUUUUCGCCGUGUACAUCACUGCUAUGAUCGUGUACUACAAGUUUUUCCACGUCGCGGGUGACAAGGCGAUUCCAGGAAAUAUUGGGUGCAGCGCUGUAACCGCUUGUGCGUCGUGUAAGUUAGGGUCCCAUAGCGCCCACCCGCCUAUCCCCCCUCGUCCGGGCGUGAACGGAGGAUGGUUGCAGUCUGCCGUGUACUGCGGACAGUAUUACAAGCACGCCGCUCAGGAUUCUCUUCUCGACUCCGUGUCAGAGCGGAAUUCCACCGCCACUGUUAGCUCGUCCCACGCGAGAUUACAACACAAGCUAGCGACGAUUCACGAUCAUGUCAGCGAGCAUGAGGGGAGCGAACCCGGGCCGCCAUGCUCCCACCCCCAGCAUCAUCACCACCAUCCCUACCAGCAUCACGAUCACGGUGUUUGUCCGGUGGCAGUGUCGCAGACAGCAGUGAAGAGCGAGGCUGGUUCGCCGCGCGGCAAGUUGCCGCGGCGCAAGGAGAAAAAGAAAAAGUCGUUAGCUCGAAACACUACCUCAGAGUCGGAACUGAGCUCAGUGAGAACCGACUGCGAUAUGUCGGAAGGAAGCGGUUCAAAUAAACGUCCAGUGUGGCUUCCCAGUGGGGACUCGAACUUCGCGAACCAGCUCCUCAACUACAGCCUCGAAACUUUCGACACUGCCGACACAGCGGACGAUGAGCGCUCUUCCGUGGCGACGGGUUGCCAUGGUUACCAUGCAAACAUACCGAGAUCACCGCGUGGAGGUGAACUGUCGUCUCCUCGUCACCUCCACCAGCACCAUCACCAGCAUCAUCAUCCGGUCCCAGGGGUAGUGGGCGGGGCUUCGCUCCAACGCCACGGCGAUCAUCAUUGGUACUCUGACGGCUACAGCACAGACCGCACGCUGGACUGGCCCCGCCUCCCCAUGACGUCACUUCAGCGCGGGGGUGUCUGGGGCAUGGCCGACACAGAGAGCGAAGGAUGCACAGGCUGCCAGUGCUGCCACGGCGACUCGGAGGUGUCGUCAAUCAUGCGCUCCAUCACGUCAGUUCCCGAGCCCACGGACGAGACCCAAGACGAGGGGCAAAACUCCGAGGGCUACCACUCGCAGCCCCGCGGCCACAAACAUUCUCAUCGACCUCACCACCACCACCACCACGAGCGCUCUCUCGAUCCCUCCUCGGGUUGCAACAAGAAACAGAAACUAGACAAAUUCUCUCCUCGAGACUUGAACACUGUAUCGGAGAACAACAGACUCUCUAAACACUCUAAAAUAUCCACCAAGGAUUCAGGAUUUCGACGAGAAGAAAUCCUGUCCUCCCCCGCUUCGGACCCAAGUUAUGGACCCAAAGCGAAACGAAAGCAUUCGCCUCGUCGUAAAGUUCAUACCUCUGAAAAGUACGAGAAAGCUACCUCAAAAUCGAAAGUGCUCGAUGAUCCCAUUAGUAUUAACAACUGCCUACCUCAAGUUACAAUGUGUUCAGAUGAUAAAGAUGUAGAAGAAGAGACGGUCGUGCAGAGCGACAAACUUGCCAGCGAGCUGCUGCAGCAUUCAGUUAGUGGUGAUAAGAAGAGAAAAAAAGACAGAAUCAACAGUUCCUCCGCAGGAGUAUCCGACCCUCGAUUCAGCGUUCGCGUCAUGGCUGACGUCACAGAUGUACUCGAAGAGCAAACCUCCCACGUCAGAUCUUUGGACCAGGGACAAGUCAAGGGUAAGGGUAAAGGUGGUUCUAUAAAUAGCCCACGUGUGGAAGAACCCAAUAAGGGAAAGGGGAUAAAUGAUGAAUCUCAGGUCGAAGAAACGAACAAGGAUACAUAUGCGGUGUCUGCGCAUGCUAAAAACAAAUCUAAAGUGUCUCGCGUUCCCUCGUCGUCUUUGGCUGUUGAUAAUGCGAAUGAAGAACUCAAGGGGGUUGAAGCCGAUAACGUGCCAGACGAAGAGAAAGAGAAGGAAUCAGAGGGGCAGGAGGCUAGUCCGAACACAUCUGAGAGUGGGGAGAGAUCAGACGAGAUCAUCUAUGAAAACAUUUGGCAGGUGAAACCACCUCUGGUCAAACCUUCACUCCUCCAGCAAGUGCGUGGUGUUACGAGUGUUCCUUCGAAGCCUUGCCGAAAAACGGCGGGAAAAGACGUGUGGUACGUCUGUAGCGAGUCGGAGGACAGCGCACUUCCACCGGAAGCCCUCAGUUCGAGUGUGGAUGGUUUUACCGCCUCAGACGAGAGUGACAUCAGCAUGGAGAUUGUCAUCUGAGCAACUCGUGUUGCCAUGGAGACCAAUCGGUAGCACAGUGACGUAACCAUUCAGUAUGUGAACGAGUUUGUUUCUGAACGAUUUAUCUUCCCCGUGUGGUUUAGGAAGUCCACCCCCCCCCACCCCUUUUCGCCCAACUCUCACAACACAAUGGAUAUCGCCAAGGAACGACAUAUCGAUGACUGAGAUUAUCCUUCAUCAUUUUAUUCAUUUUUUCCCCAACUUGGCAAGUGAAGCGAAUCGUCAGUAUAGUCCUGCAUGUGAGCACAGGAGGCCUGCAUGGUGGUCUUUCUUCACACUGCAGCGGGACUCGGAUAAGGAGCUGAAUCAUGACCAAACGAACCAAAGACAGCGACAAUAUGGGUCUCUUCCGCUUCACUGUCUAAUCACACUGCAGUUGGUAAUGGCUGACUCCGGAGAGCCAUGGGUACUGCUCUCCUCAGAAAUUAUGAAAGCAAAUAAGGGAUCAGUUGUCUCUACUCAGUGCUAGCCUCUUCAUACACAAAAAUAUGUUGUUAAUCAUUCAAAGGUGGACAAGGCAGGGUCCCUGUGGCAAUACAUAGCUCUGAAAUGGAAAGGUCUCGGGUGCUUCUUGGAACCUGUCCUGAAGCUUCUUCCCUGACCGUCAGUCUUUCAAGCUUGAAAAGAGGUGCAAGGCUGAGUUCACAGAACCAGUAUCGCAAAAAGAGACUAAUGUUGACAGAUUAUCAUCUGUAUCUUUAAUGGGAUUAUAUCUGGCCUGCUACGACAUGUACAGAGUGUAAAUCGUCAGUUAAAAAACCUUAAACUACCAAUGUUUGGAGUUACCUCUCAGUGCCUUCAGAAUCAAGGCCGUAGUUAUGUUGUUGCAUUGUCCUUUGAGAUGUUUCUACAAA